AUGGCUCUCAACGCAUGUACGAAGCUCCCAGUAGCUCGAUUGAUCAGACCAACAGCUUCCUAUCACCCCGCAAUCAGUAGCAUCCGAUACUACUCUGCACCCCCCGAGAGCACGAUACCGGCCGCAAAGCUGAAAUACAUUCCCACAAGUGGCACAUACCCCAAAGGAUUUUUAGUUUCUGGAACUCAUGUAGGAGUUAAACCUACCAACAAAUCUACGCCAGAUCUUGCUUUCCUUGCCUCGGAGACACCAUGUGCGGCUGCAGCUGUGUUCACAAAGAACAAAUUCCAAGCAGCUCCAGUUACUGUGAGCAGGAAGAUGCUACAAAGAAGGAAUAAUACUGGAAUCCGUUCAGUCAUUAUCAAUUCAGGAUGCGCAAAUGCUGUGACCGGAAAGGGUGGAAUGGAAGAUGCUGAGAAGAUGGGUGCUGAAGCUGAUAGAUGUUUUGACACACCAAGUGAUGGUAAAGGUGGGAGUUCAAUAGUGAUGAGCACUGGUGUAAUUGGUCAAAGACUACCAAUCCAGAAAAUAUUGCUCAAAAUACCUACCGCAUUUGAUGGUCUAGGAAGCUCUCACGAGCAUUGGUUGGCGACUGCAACCGCGAUUUGUACCACCGACACGUUUCCAAAGCUCUUAUCCCGAACAUUUUCCUUACCCUCUUCCCCAGAAGUGGAAUACAGGAUGGCUGGUAUGACAAAGGGUGCCGGAAUGAUUCACCCAAAUAUGGCUACUCUGUUAGGAAUGAUCGCAACAGAUGCACCCAUCGCACCUGCAUUACUGCCUUCCCUUCUUACAAAAGCCGUUAACAAGUCAUUCAAUAGCAUCUCUAUUGAUGGUGAUACUUCUACGAAUGACACGGUUGCUGUCUUGGCAAACGGAGCAGCUGGAGGACAAGAGGUCACUUCUGAAUCUUCCGAAGAUCAUGCUGCAUUCCAGAAAGUUCUGACUGAGUUCGCUACAGAUCUUGCCAAGCUUGUAGUUCGCGAUGGUGAAGGUGCCACCAAGUUUGUCACUAUUCGUGUGACAGAGGCCCCAUCAGAAAUUGGAGCACGCAAAAUUGCCAGCACGAUCGCAAGAUCUCCCUUAGUAAAGACUGCAUUGUAUGGUAAAGAUGCCAACUGGGGCCGUAUUCUCUGUGCUACUGGCUAUUCCCAAAUCUCUGAACCAGGCGAGCCCAUAAAUGAGGUUCCAGAAAUCAUUCCUGAGAAGACAAGUGUCUCAUUCAUUCCCUCAGAUGGCUCACCAGAACUUAAGCUUCUGGUGAACGGAGAGCCAGAAUCAGUGGACGAGGCUCGCGCUGCUGAAAUCUUGGAACAUGAAGAUCUUGAAAUCUUGAUAAAACUUGGUGGUGGAAAGGAGGAGGCAGUGUACUGGACUUGUGAUUUCAGUCAUGAAUACGUCACAAUCAAUGGAGACUACAGAACAUAA